AUGAGUGCCAAAGUUUACCAUCAGGGAAGCACAUCCCUGAGAUCGGUGGGCGGGCGCAUCAGCCGCAUUCGCCCGAGCACCUCGAUUCGGCCAUCCUUAUGGCAUCGAUCAAAUAGUACGAGCACAAAGGCACCACCAUCUCAAGAGCCCAUCAUCUUUUCUGGUAUCCAACCAACUGGAGUGCCACAUCUCGGUAACUAUCUAGGAGCCCUGCGGGAAUGGGUGAAGCUACAGGAUGAAGCGAAACCAGGAACGAAGCUGUUAUUCUCCAUCGUGGAUCUACACGCAUUGACAGUACCGCAAGAUGCUGCGCAAUUGAGGCAAUGGAGGAGAGAGGCAUUUGCUACGCUACUUGCUGUGGGAUUGGACCCAAAGCGCUCCACGGUCUUUUAUCAAUCUCAGAGCAAGCUCCAGUUGCCAGAGGACACGACUUUAGAGCAAGCAGAAGCUCGAGCACAGCUGCGGCUCGGUCUGUUCUCUUACCCAGUGCUCCAAGCCGCCGAUAUCCUCGUCCAUAGGGCAACACAUGUCCCCGUUGGCGAGGAUCAGAGGCAGCAUUUGGAGUUUUCGAGGUAUACAGCUAACAGCUUCAACCACCUGUACGGGCCAAUCUUCCCGAUCCCAGAGGCCCAUAUCUCCCCCGCCAAACGAGUCAUGUCCCUCAAAGAACCCACAUCAAAAAUGUCCAAAUCCCACGCAGACGAAAAGUCCCGAAUCAUCCUCACCGACCCACCUUCCGUCAUCCAAAAGAAGAUCAAGGUCGCCCUAACCGACUCCCAACCCAACAUCACAUACGACCCAGUCCAACGACCCGGCGUCUCAAAUCUGAUCGAAAUCCUGAGCCAUUUCGAAGGACAGACAUGCCCAGAAAUUGCCGCCGAAUUCGACGGCGCCAGCCUGCGCGCACUGAAAGAACACGUGGCCAGCCGAAUCACCCACCACCUGACAGAGAUCCGAGAACGGUACGUCUCUAUCAUGGAUGAUAAGACUGGGUACCUGGACUCGAUUGCGCAGCAGGGCGCAGCAGCAGCGCAGGCCAAUGCCAACGUGACUAUGCGGAAGGUUCGGGAUGCGAUGGGAUUGUAA